AGUGACAUUUUCUCGACAAAUGAGAAAUGAAUCAUACCAAAAUAAAGAUUUUGUAAACAGUAAUAAUAUCCCUCACAUUAUUUCAACAUGGAACUGUUUCGUACAAAUGAUUUCUAUAUAUUUAUUAAGGGUGAAUACUCUUUAUGGUGGGACCGACAAACAGGUGCUUUCAUUCCGAAAACAGGAUGGGAUUUAACUGAUGCAGAUGACCCACUAUGUCUGGGUAUAUGUGAUGGAAUAAUAGGAAAAGUGGAACACAGUCCACUCUUUGACACCAGACUGCUGCUAAUUAAAGAAAGUCUUCCAGUAGGCAAACUCCAUGGCGAAAAUAUGGUCUACAAAAUAAAAAGUGUUAUAUUUCUACCUCUAGGUCCAGAAAAUGUUGACCUCAAUUUAACACCAUGCCCUAAGCACAAAAUAAUGGAAUUGAAACAAAACCCCAACCAUUCUUUGUUAUUUGAUAUACAGAAGAAUAGUGCUUUUACCAAAACAUGGGGUACUUUGAAGAGUGCUGGAAACACUUUGAAGUAUACUACUCAGCAAGCUGCCAUGGCAGCUGCCGGCGUGCAGAAAAAGAACAAUUUCAAAGACAAAGAAAGAUUUGAAAAACAAAUUGUUGAAGAAUUUUAUAAAAUAUUUAAUGAUACAAAUUCUUUCUAUUAUUCGCAUACUACAGACAUCACAAAUUCUUUGCAGAGAUUGUGCAAUUUAUCCAAACAGGGUACAGAUUCUCAAUCUAUAUGGAAAAAUGUAGAUGAGAGGUUUUUUUGGAAUGGCUACAUGCUGAAAAGCAUCAUAGAACUGGAGAACCCUUUGUGUGAUCCAUGGAUACUACCCAUUAUUCAGGGAUAUAUUCAAAUUGAGGAUUGUAAAGUAGAGAUGGAUAGAGACUUGAUUGAAGCCAAAGAGAAACGAUAUGAUACUUUUACAUUAUGUCUCAUAUCUAGAAGAAGUAGAUAUCGUGCUGGUACAAGGUAUAAAAGGCGAGGUGUAGAUGAUAAUGGCGAAGUAGCAAAUUAUGUAGAAACUGAACAGAUUAUUUCGUAUCAAACGCAUGAAGUAUCAUUCGUCCAGGUGCGAGGAUCAGUUCCUGUAUAUUGGUCCCAACCAGGAUAUAAGUACAGACCUCCUCCCAGAAUUGAUAAAGGUGAAGCUGAAACACAGGUGGCUUUUGAAAAGCAUUUUACUAAAGAGAUUCAUAGUUACGGCCCCAUAUGUAUAGUCAAUUUAAUUGACCAAAUGGGAAAAGAAAGAAUAAUAUUCGAUGCUUAUUCCAAUCAUGUGUUUCAGUAUAAUAGUCCAUUUAUAACAUACGCCACGUUUGAUUUUCAUGAGUAUUGUAGGGGAAUGCAUUUUGAGAACGUUUCGAUACUUAUAAAUGCUGUUAGUGAUAUUCUAAAAGACAUGAAUUACUGUUGGAGAGAUAGCCAAGGACAUAUUUGCUCACAAAACGGUGUUUUUAGAGUAAACUGUAUCGAUUGUUUGGAUAGGACUAACGUAGUGCAGACAGCAAUAGGCAAAGCAGUUAUGGAAAUACAAUUCUGUAAGUUAGGAUUGAUUUCACCAGAAGGAAUUAUACCAAAUAGUAUUAAAAAUACAUUUCAGUUAUUAUGGGCCAAUAAUGGCGAUACCAUCAGCAAACAAUACGCUGGAACAAAUGCUUUAAAGGGAGAUUACACAAGGACUGGAGAAAGAAAAUUUACCGGUAUCAUGAAGGAUGGAAUGAACUCAGCUAACAGAUAUUACCUUAGUAGAUUUAAAGACACUACUAGACAAGGAACAAUAGAUUUAAUGUUAGGUAAUUAUGUACCCGAAGAUAUUUUCAACGAAUCCAAAGCGUCACAGUUUGAAGAAGACAAUGUAAUCACUGCUGAACACGUGAAACUUCUGAUCGAAGAUUGCAAAAAGAUGCUAAUCAACCAACCAGAGCAAGUAGUCGGAGCUUGGGGUUUGAUAAACGCAGACCCAUUCACGGGAGAUCCGAACGAAACCGAAAUGGAUUCCAUCUUGAUUCUGACCAGGGACUCGUACUUUGUAGCAGAUUAUGACGACCAGGUCGACAAAGUUACCAAUUAUCAAAAAGUAUUGUUGGAAGACGUUGUUUUGUUGGAGUUCGGAAUGGCAGAAUCGAGUACGUCGUUGUUCAAAACGUCCAAACAUCGAUAUAGCAUUAGGAUUAAUUAUAAGGUUAAUAAUGUUAGCGGAUAUUAUCACAUGUUUAGGUCGACGAACUUUAGGUUCUUUAAUAAUAUGGCAGUUGUCGUGAAGAAUAUAGAAGAGGAGAUUGAAUCCUUGAAGUCCAUCUGUGAAGGAUAUCUGGUUGCACUAGACAUUUGCGGAUUGAAACCUGUUCCCUUCGUUCAAGGACAAGCAUUAGACAGACGAAAAUCGAAAGUUAUCAGUAGCGGUUCAAAGGCAAUUUCAAAUGUGACUCAACAAUUUUCUAAACUGAAUAAAAUCGGCAACUCCUUCAAAUCCAGCAGGCUAAAACCGAAGUUCACUGUUGGCCAGAAGAAUAAAAAUGAAACGUCCAGUGAUUCAGAUGAGGAAUACGAAAAUUCUAUCUUCCAGCCUGAUAUUCAAACAGGCAUUUCCCCACAGAGUAUGGAUUCGCCUGGAAAUCGUAGUAUUGAACAGGGCCUUGAAGCUACUGAAGACAUAGAUAUUACUCCCAAAAUCGAUGCUUUCCUCCCGAGCGUAGGCAUAGUUAUGGGCAACAAAACCGAUAAUGUAGACGGCGUCUUAGAGCAAAGACAUAACUUAUUAAAUAGAACAGACUCUUCUCAUAUGGACGACGUUAAACUAUCCAGUAUUAUGCAAAGCGUUUCUAUUAGUUCUGGCUUGAGUCCAGCGCCGGAAAUUCAAAUUAAUUCCGAAAAUAUGGACGAAUCGUCGAAAAAGAACCCUCCAAACUCGUUGGCUUUGGAUAGAAAGUUUAGCAAGUCAUCAAUUGAAGUAAAUGAAACAAAAGAUAAGGUUGAAUACAAGCCCAUUGACCGUUCAACUUCCGACUAUGAUGUGCAGCUAAACAUUUCUCAAUCCCAAAGUGAGUCUGCUUUAAGAAAGAUGAGCACAAUGACUCCAAUGGAAACCACCAAAGACUUAGUACUAUCCCCGUUGAGCAAAUUGGCGAAAGGCGUUCAAAACAUCGGUGCUAAUUUGGAUCCAAGAAAACUAAGCGGACAAGUACGACACAUCAGCGAAAGAGAAAUGGAGGAACACAAAAAAUUACAGCAGCGUUGGCAGAAUAGUAAAACUAGACUAAUUGCUCUGUGAAUUUUAGCGCUAGCUUUCGAGGUCAUUUUAUGCUUUACAUCUUGUUUAAUUUAUUUGUCACCCUUGGUUUUAUACUUAUCCUCACCUUAAGAGGCUACCAUGUUGUUUGUCUCUAAGCAACAAUUAUCUCCUUUAUGGGUAUCGUUGGGCGGAACUAUAAAAAAUAUUUGUGAUAUAAAAAAGUAUAUGCUGCAGGAGUUUUAUCUAUACCGGGUGAUUGACCUGGGUAUAAAGGAUAUUAUGGAUAUAUGUGAUAAGGUAAUAGAUUACCUUAAUGAUUUAACUAACGAUAACGUUAAGAUUUUCAAAAUAUUCUCUCUACCAGAAUUCAAUUUAUUUAAUUUUUUACUUUCUAUGCGAUUAAAAAAUCGCAUAGAAUCGCACUCUUUUUUUAUUACUCGAUAUUGUAUACAUAACCUAAAAAUGCAUUGUAUUCGAAAAAAGCAUACAAUUCUUUUUUUGAAGAUUGCUGCAGAUCCAUUUUUUUUAUUUUGUGUAUUUUAUUAAAAGCUGUAUUUCUGAUUUUUUUUUUCAGAUUUUUCCAUAAGGUGAAUCCUCUCCAAAAACCCGAAAAACUGCUUUUUAGGGGUUUUUGAGGAUUUUUCCCAUUUUAUAGACUUCAAAAUAGAUCAAAGCAAGGUUUUUUCUUUAGAUUAUAUAUAAUUUAAAGUAAUAAAGUCCUUUAGGACAUUCCAAAAUUGAGCGAAACACGUUCAAACUCCGAAAAACCGUUUUUUUCUGGAUUUUUAAGGGUAUUUGCGACUUUUGGGGGUUAGUCAUUUUUUGAUGAAAACCCUGCCACCCGAAUGAAUUUUUUUAAUUUUCAACGUUUUAUGUGAUUAGGACUUAGAGUAAUUUUAGCCCGCCAUCACCUCAUCCCCCCUAAAAAUGUUAUUUUUCGUUUUAUUUUCAGCGGAUUGCCAUAAAUUUAAAAAUUUUUAAAAAUUUACACGCAUAUUUGAGGUUUUUACAAAACUUGUCUAUUUUUUAUAGUCCCCUUGGUUCGUGUACAUAACCUCAAAAUGCAUUCUUUUUAAGAUGGCUACAGGUCUAAUUUUUUUAUUUUGUGAAUUUAAUCAAAAAAUAUGUUUCUGAUUUUUUCCGUAAGGUACGCCACCUUCACACUGGGGGGCUAAAAUUGCGCCUAAAAUUGUGUCUUAUUUUUUAAUCACAUACAACAUAAAAAAAUUCAAAAAAUUGAAUUCUGGGCGUGGGGGCAUUUUGCCUAGGGGGUGCCCUUUGUGGGUUCAUAUCGAAACGUCACAUUGAAACACGCUGUAAGCGUUAUAGGGAGGAAACGGGAAUAUUUCUUACCCUCGGUUACGGGUGCAGCUAAUUCUGCUGUAGAUGAAUCAUAGGUAAUUAAGGAACAGAUAGUCCAGCUCAGCACACUGAAGACUCUUAGGUCACGUUUAGAUUUAAAAUAUGGUAGAGUCAGUCAACACGCUAUAAAGCUCCUUUUCUUGUGAUCUACAAAUUCGUUCUGAAUCAAUUGCAAUGUGCCCUCUUACCCUGUAAGCAUUUAACAUUGCAACCAUUAGUACACGAGUUAAUUUUAUUCGAUUUUAGGGGAGUAGUUAUGCUUUACUACUACAAUAGUGGAUAGGAGUCGGUCCGUCGGUCUGGGGAUAUUCUGUGCCCGGUAUUAUUUGUGACGUAACUAUUUCUAAAAUCAUUACAAGAUAAUCGAAUUGGAAAUUUAAGGCGGAUCUAUAUACAAAUCCCAGAAUUAAGAUCUAACUAUACUAGGACAAUUUUCAAUUAAAGGUGACUCAUCUACAAAUUGAUGUGAGAGCUAACGGCAACAAUGUUAAAUGCCAGAAAUAAAUUAUUACCGGGGUCAUUUUUAUUGUGAAUGCUUCGCCAAUAUAAAUAAGUGAAAAGUAAGAUUGUUCCAUAAAAUUCAAUGAAAAUAAAUAAAAAAUACACUACUAUAUACACUCAUUCACAUGAUAAUAGUUUAGCUUACGUCAUUUUAAUUUAUAUGAAAUAUAAAACAAAUAAAAACAAGGAAACUUUCAAAUAAAUUAAAAAAACAGAAAUAUAACGUUUACAGCACACAGCAAUUUUAUAAAUAAUGAAUGAAGUGUAAUGACGGGAUCCUAUGUUAAAAUUUCAGAUUGUUUAGUCUAUUGACAAAAUAAGUAUUUUGCAAAGUUUUCUGUUUUUUUAUGUAUUGUCACAGAAUACAUAACACUUAGAAUGCCCACUCUCAGAUGCAGCCUUUGAAGUGUGUCAGCACGCGAUCGCCAUAUUUUAAACGGAAACAGACACGGAAUGAGAAAUUUGUGACAAGCUAUGACAGAACCAUAAUUUAAAUUUUUAGAGCUUAAUAAUUUAGUAAAUUUGAAAUAAUUUAAUCUAUAUACGAUAUAAAAUAUUGCAUAUUAUGUCUAUGGUUGCCGUAAAUCAAUUAAACCGGGUUAAUUUUUUUAUGCACACCAGAUAUCUCACUGAACAUCACUGAUUCCGUUUAAAACAUGGCUGAUUCCAUUUCCGCGAACGAGAUACGCGUACUUAUCUUGACAAGCAGAGUGGGCAUUCUGAUGUUAUUUAUUCUGUAGUAUUGUAUUAGGCGCUCUAUAAUGACAAUAGAAUUUUACUGUUUUUCGUUAGACAACUAUAAGAUACCUGUCAAAAUACACAUAAGAAUUUAAUAAUUAUAUCGGUCUUAGAUUUAAUUAUUACGUAAUUACUUAUGUGUUUAAAUAAACAAUUAAAAUAUUAUUUUGGUACGCCUCUACAAAGUUGAUAAGUGAAAUAUGGUUUCGUCGUUUUAAGUGCGAUGUUACCAAGUAACCACCUUCAAUUAAAAAUUGUUUUAGUAUUACAAGUGUCUUGUUAUAACACACUUUUUGCUUUUUAUUUGAGCGGUAAGACACAUGCAGCACUCAAAAACCGAUUUAUAAAAAUUGUUAUCUUAUAUUGGGUGACAAAUAUUUUAAACUUGUUUUAGAUUCAGCUCAACUCAACAGAAGUAGUGAUUAUUUAGUGAUAUGUACAAAAUGUUAUCGCAUAUAUUUAUUACGUCAUUGUAAAUAUGUAGAUGAUGUUAUAAUUUAUUUUCUUUAUACUCACUAUUUAUUUUAUAACGUAAUUUAAUCCAAUCAUUUAUUUACUAAUUUUAACUGACCAGUUAUUGAUACUAUUAGUUGUUUGUACUUAUAUUGUUAUUGAUUAUAUUAUAUUACAUGAUCGUUU